AUGGAGGUGCUGUCCAGGAUCAUACCAACACUAAAUCCAAAAAGUUGGUUAGAGCAUGACAUUAAACUCAUUGAACAGCUAUAUGAUGGGGGGAAAUUCAUGCAAUUCCCGGAACUACAAACCAUGUAUAACCUCCCCAGCAAGAUGCUGUUUCCGUACCUGCAACUUAAGUCAUGCCUACAACACACCCGACCCCAAACACUACACGACGAACUUCUCCAGAAAUUAUCUACCUUUGAAAAAAUUUGCACAAACACAUUACCCCCCAAAAAAGUGUUAUCACUGUGCUAUAAAGCCUUGAUCCAUUCCCAGACUAACAUUAAAACCACGUACAAACAUGCCUGGCACAAAGAACUGAACCGCACAAUCA